AUGGCGCUCACUCAGGUGUCGUCCAACAAGUGUGCAGGAGGUUUCCAGAAAGUCUUUGAACAUGACAGCGUGGAGCUGAAGUGCAAAAUGAAAUUUGCUGUCUUCCUGCCGCCCAAAGCGGAGACUGACAAAUGUCCCGUCCUGUACUGGCUCUCAGGCCUGACGUGCACUGAACAGAACUUCAUCACCAAGGCAGGAAGUCAGUUGGCAGCCAAGGAGAACGGCAUCAUCAUCGUUGCACCGGACACCAGCCCGCGUGGCUGUGGCGUGGAGGGUGAAGACGACAGCUGGGAUUUAGGCACUGGCGCUGGUUUCUACGUGGACGCCACUCAAGAACCAUGGAAGAACAACUACCGCAUGUACUCCUAUGUCACCAAAGAACUGCCCAAGCUCAUAAACGACAAUUUCCCAGCCGAUCCUAACAGGAUGUCCAUCAGCGGCCAUUCCAUGGGCGGCCACGGGGCGCUUAUCUGUGCCCUCAAGAACCCUGGAAAGUACAAGGCCGUGUCUGCGUUCGCUCCCAUCUGCAACCCAAUGCAGUGUCCGUGGGGGCAGAAAGCCUUCGCCGCCUACCUCGGUCCUGACCGAACCACCUGGGAGGCAUACGACGCCACAGUCCUGGCGUCGAAGUACUCCGGUCCGCAACUGGACAUCCUGCUGGACCAGGGCCAGGACGACCAGUUCUUAUCCGCCAGCCAGCUCCUGCCCGACAACCUGAUCGCCGUCUGCUCAGAGAAGAAGAUCCCUGUCGUCUUCCGCCUGCAGCCCGGCUACGACCACAGCUACUUCUUCAUCUACUCCUUCAUCAAUGACCACAUCAAGCAUCAUGCAAAGUUCCUCAACGCCUAA